AUGGAGCAGGGGAGGCGUCUGGCCGGCCUCAUCCUGGCAAUCUUUCUUCUUCAAGGUACAAUUGUCCAGUCGCAAAAAGGAAACCAUUUGGUAACAGUGGAUGACAAUCAAGAAGAUGGUUCAGUACUUCUGACUUGUAACUUGAAAGGCAAAGAUAUCAAGUGGUUUAAAGAUGGGAAGGAAAUAACUACUACAAACGAAAAAACAUGGAGCCUGGGAAGUAGUUUGAAGGACCCACAAGGGACAUAUUGGUGUCAAGGAUCAGUGAACAAUUCAAAACCACUCCAAGUGUAUUAUAGAAUGUGUCAGAACUGCAUUGAGCUGAAUGCAUCCACUGUGUCUGGCUUUGUCUUCGCCGAGAUCUUCAGCGUUCUCUUCCUCGCUGUUGGAGUGUACUUCAUUGCUGGACAGGAUGGAGUUCGCCAAUCAAGAGCUUCAGACAAGCAGACCCUGUUGUCCAAUGACCAGCUCUACCAGCCCCUCAAGGAUCGGGAAGAUGACCAGUACAGCCACCUGCAAGGAAACCAGCUGAGGAGAAACUGA